AUGAGGAUUUUCAUAGCUUUUGAAGGAUUUUGUGAAUCUUUUGACAUUUCAUCAGACCAAACUGUGCAAGCUGUAAAACUGAUGAUAAAGGAUUAUUUCCACAUUCCACUUUCUGAAGACAAACAAGGCAGACGAUAUUUGGAGUUGAUCUAUGCAGGAGCAAUACUGAAGGACAACUGGAUCCUUGCUGACAUUGGGAUAUCAGUUUCCUCGACUAUUAAAUGUGUUGUUAAGGAAGAAGACAAACCAGCCUUCUAUGUAUACAAUGCUGUAACGCAAGAGAAAGUGCCCAUUAAGGGGAGUAUUUAUCUUCUUGCUACAAAAGUGUCCCUUUUGAAAACAUUGGUAACCUUGAAAUGUGGCUUUCCAAAUAGUGUUUAUUGUCUCAGGACUCCAGAGGGCAGGGAGAUGUAUGACUGCAACAUACUGAACGAUUACCAGUUAGAUAUAGGCACAACACUUCGCCUGGAUGUGUGGGAUGGAUGGAAAGAAUUCCUGACUGGGUGCCUCUUAGGAAACAAGCAUACAGUCCAACGCUUCCUGUCUGAUGAAGAACCAGUACUCAAAUAUCAGAAGAGGGUGGCUCUUUACAUGGCAGCAUUUUUUGGGCACCUUGAGCUCGUGGCAUGGAUCCUGAAACAAGGAGUGAGACCCAAUACGGCUGUGGGUGUUCAUCCCUACCGAGAAUGGUGUCAGGAAACACAUCAUCCAGAUGUAACUAAAUGUCCGGUUCAUGCAGCUGCAGAAGCAGGCCAACUAAUUAUACUGAAGGCCUUUGUCAAUUAUAGUGUGUUGUGCCUAGAGUGCCAAAAUCCAGCAGGGCAAAUUCCUCUGAACAUAUGCAUCAAACACAAGCAUAAGGAUUGUGUGCUAUAUUUAGUUACCAAAAUGUGGUCAGUGGUUUCUUAUCCUAAUUUUUCACUUCCCAUGAAGAUCUACAUUAAAUUAAAGCAGUGGCUGCUUAGGGCUCAGAGUCGCAUCCUUACCACGAAAUGGCUUAACCAGGCUGCAGUCUUCAGAACACGAGUGGGGGACACUGUUAUCGUGGAUGGCUUCACAAAGCCGAAAAUGACUUCCAAAGCGAGGAUCAAGGCAGCAGGCAAUACGGACUAUCAGUUACCAAACCUAACUGAUCAAACUCCACAUGAGAAAGAGUCAUGUCCCUUGACAAUUACAAAGGGGAACCAAAAAGUAAUAAAGCUCAAAUUACCUCCGUUGGAAGACACGAAUAAGCUCCCUAACAUACACAGACUUCACCAAAAGAAGAAUAUUAGAAAGAAGGCUGCUCAGCCUAGAAAAGAUGAAAGUAUGGACCAAAAUAUGUGUUUAGCUAAAGUUCCUUUGCCCCCUAUUUCUAGCCUCAGAAAUUCACGCCCUCCUUUCUACUAUUCAACACCUAAUGCUAAAUUGCUCUUAAAUUCCUCCUCUGAGUGUUUCUCAGAACACAAUGGAAGAACUCCAAGAGAUAAUGCAAUCUACUGCUUAGCUAUUGCCAGUGCAUUUAAAGAGAAACCAUGGCUUCAACAACUGGGAAUUGCAAGAACCCUAGCUAAGAAGAGCGUCUGCAAACCUGUAUACUGA